AUGAAUGGCCUAGCUGUCUGUGCAAUCAUCAGUUCUAUCAUAUAUGUUUUCCUCUACAACUGGACUUACCUUACUCUCUACCUUCUCUUUCUUUCAGCCUAUUUUCUACUAUCCCACCUUCUCACUCCACCUUCAGCUUCCAAAUGAAACUCAGCUCACUCAAAAUACCUGAUCUCUCGCUUUUCAGACCCAGACGGCCCAGAAAUCAUCGGCUCGUUCAAAGUCCGAGUUAACAAAGCCCUUGAAUAUAUCAACAAAAUUCGAGAAAAAACAGGCAAAAAAGUGACCAUCACCCAUCUUGUCUCAAAAGCAUCAGGCGCUAUUAUGCCUGAUUUCCCAGACAUGAACGGAAAAUUAGCGUUUGGGCUUUACAAGCCUCACAAGACUUGUGAUGUCAGUUGUCUCGUUGCAAUAGACGAAGGCAGAGACCUUGGGAUGAUCACUUAUUCAGAAUGCGACAAAAAAACAUUGAUGAAUAUCGUAGAAGAAGCUGAAACUAGGGUAAAAUCAUUAAAAACAGGGGAUGAAAAAGAAAAACACAAGAAAGCCAGCGGGAUUUAUAAAUUCGUCCCAAGCUGCCUUGGAGGAAUUUUACUUGAAAUAGUAGCCUUUGUAACAGUAUUGCUGGGAAUCUCAGUUCCAAGCCUGAACUUAAAAAAGCACCCAGCUGGAGGGAUAUUAAUAUCUAAUGUAGGAGAAGUGGGAGUGGAUUUAGGAUAUGCGCCUAUGCCUACGUUUUUAAGAUGCAACGUGCUUAUUGCGCUGUCGAAAAUAAAGGAUGACAUAGUGAUAAACAAUGGAAGAGUUGAGGUGGAAAAAACCAUGAAUUUUAUGAUCACUGCUGAUCAUAGGUUUGCGGAUGGGACAAGAGGGGCGAAGCUGGAAAAUAGAAUGAAAGAUAUGAUUGAGGAUCCAGAAAAAUACAUUCCUUUUGAAUAA